AUGAUUUGGAUUUCAUUGAUUUGGUGUUUGCUUGCUUUGUCAAAUUCAGUUUUAGGACGUUCUACAUAUGACUUAUCAUCUUCUGUAUCACAUACACAAAAUCCAAACUUAAAUGGAAUGUCUGAUUUAGCCAUGCAACAAGAACCUUUAUUAACUCAACCUUUAAUUCAAAGUCAAGUUCCUAUGCAAAAUGUUUACAGACAACAGUCUCCAAAAAUCACCGAUAUGUCAUCAAGUUGGAUGCAAAAUGUUCAAGAAAAUACUUCAAAGAUUCCAAUGGGAUACGAAGUUCAACAAGUUCCACAAAAACAUCAAACAUUUGCGCAAACUGUUGUUACUUCACAAUCAUUCGGUACACAACAACAAAUGAAUCUUCCAUCGUCUGGAUUGGUAGAUUCACAAAAUAAAUUUCAACAAAAGAUUCAAGGAGUACAAAUGCACACAGAAGCUGACAUUCUCUGUCGUGGCCAACGUCCAGAAACUGUUAUUCCAUUAAAUGAUAAACGUCGAUUUGUUGUCUGUCUUGAUAAUAGCAAAGGUGUUGAACAACGUUGUCCAAAAGGUCUUUAUUAUUAUCCUGAAUCACGUCGAUGUGAACGUAAAUUGAAAGGAUUGAAAAAUGCAUGUGCCCAUAAGCCAUGUCUUAACAAUGGUCAAUGUGUUAUAGCCGAUGUAACAUCAUAUAAAUGUCAAUGUCCAACAGGUUUUGAUGGUAGAAAUUGUGAAUUAGAUGUUCAUGUUUGUCAAAAUCAACAGCCCUGUGGACAAUCACCAGAUCAACGAUGUCAAUCAUUUCGCUUUGGAGCUGCUCUUCAAUAUAUCUGUAUUUAUCAAGAUGGUCUUGGUUAUAGUCUUAAUCCACAACAACUUCAACAAAAUCCAUGUCAAGGUACUGAUGGACUACAAGCAUUAGCUGUUAGUGACAAAGGUUUUAUCAUGUGUGAUGGUGAACGUAUGUUCGUUGAAUCGUGUCCAGGUGGUACUGUUUGGGAUGAUUUUAAUAAAGUUUGUGUUUGGCCAGAUAUGCAUAGUUUUAUUGAUUAUUCAAUUAUUAAUCAAUCAAAAAAACAACAAGUUUUAACUAAUAGUCAACAACAAGAACCAAUAGUUAAUUCAACAACACAAAAUUCACAACAAACACAAGUUGAACAAAAAGAAUCUAGUUCAUCUUCUAAUGCUCAAGUUUUAAUUCCAGAAGAACAAACGCAAUCUCCAACAUCACAAUCAUUCACAUUUUCUCAACAAGAAAAACCACAAGAAUAUAAAUUAACUGAACAACAAGAACAAAUGCAACAUUCUGAAUUGUCGCAACAACCAGAGUCAAUACAAGUGUCGAAAUUGCCACAGGAACAAGAACAAAAACAAGAAUUUUCACUUUCUGAACAAGAGAAAACACAACAAUUUGAAUCAGAACGACAACCUGAACAAAUGCAAGAAUAUCAAUUAGCACAACAAUAUUCACUUCCUCAAUUAGGUACACCAGAACAGUAUCAAUUAACACAAGAACCAGGACAAAUGCAAGAAUAUCAAUACGAAGAGCAAUUUUCACUUCCUCAACAAGAAUUAAUGCAACAAUUUCAAUUAGCAAAACAAGCAGAACUAAUGAAACAAUAUCAAUUGUCAAAACAAUAUUCAAUUCCGCAACAACAACAAUUUCAAAGAUUUCAAACUUGGAAUAAACCAUUCUCUGGAUUUCAUACCUGGCAACAACCAAGUCAACAACAACAAAAUUUUCGUCAAAUGUAA